AUAUUUAGUUUUGUACAUACAGUGGAGUGUGUGAGUCUUCUUUUCCACAACCAAUCACAUUAGAGUUAAUUGGAAACUGCAUCACUGUUUAUUGCCGGCAACCAUUGUCAACACUUUAUUUAGAGUUGUACUGGUAGCCACCCACUUAGAAGUGUGAAAUGUCUGAUGACGACUGGGAUGUGGACUUGGAUGCUGUGAAUGAGUUGACCACCGAACAGUCCCGGUGGGGCUCGGGGGCAGCAGCUGUGGAUGAGUCACCACACUCGAUGUUGCAGCUGCGCGAGAAAGUGCUGAGCAGUGACCAAGAUGCAAGGUCAGCCAAAGGUUACGAGAGUUCAUAUGGGUACGGGGGGAAGUUCGGAGUGCAGAAAGACCGAAUGGACAAGGUGGCAGUGGAUGCCAGCUACAAGGCAGAGAUCUCGAAGCACUCCUCAGUCCUGGACAACAAAGUGGGAUUCGGGGGCAAGUACGGAGUGCAGACCGACCGACAGGACAAGUCGGCAGCAGACUGGAGCUACAAGGAAGAGGCCCAGAAACAUCAGUCUCAGAAAGACUACAAAACUGGCUUCGGAGGCAAAUUCGGAGUCCAAACAGAUCGAAAAGACAAAUCUGCGGCCGAUUGGUCUUAUAAAGAAGAAGCUCAGAAGCAUCAGUCGCAGAAGGACUACAAGAGUGGCUUCGGAGGCAAGUUCGGAGUCCAAACAGACCGGAAGGAUGCCUCGGCCGAGACAUGGUCAUACAAGUCUGACAGCAGUAAACACGCCUCACAAACUGAUGGUUCGAAGGGGUUUGGAGGCAAGUACGGAGUGGAGACGGAGAAGAAGGAUGUGUCUGCUCAUGGGUGGGAGGGAGGAGACAGGAAGCCCACUGUGCCCUCCAAACCCAGAGUGGAAUCUGGAGUGUCUGUCGGGAGCGUCAAGUCCAUGUUUGAAAAACCAAAGGGCGAUCAAGCGACAGACAGUGUAGCUAAAUACAGAGCAGCGAGGGCUGAACAGGAGAGAAAGGAGAGAGAAGCACAGCUGGCUCGCCACAACCAGACGAAUGAACACAACUCAAGUGCCUUGGUUACUGGAUCAAAGGUUCCCAAUAGAGCAGAAGAAGCGAGACAACUUGUGGCACAGUCCAAGGUGUCAGCUACUGCAUCUCAGUUCAAUCAACAGCCUAUGAUGUCAUCAGCGCCAGCUCCGAGGCCCGUUCCUGCACGGCCAAAAGCAGCGGCUCCUCUGACACCUCAGACUGUCCAGACUCCUAGUCCAGUUGUAAGUGCCACAUCAGUUGCGGAUGAAAAAGCUGCUGCUCGUGAGAAAAUAGCCCAAAUUGAAGCGGAGAAAGCACGCCAAGAGGCGGAAGAGGAAAGAAGGCAGAAUGCACUACUCGCUGAGCAGCAAGAAAGAGUUGCAAUUGAGAUGGAGCAAAUGAGAGUGGAGAGAGAAAAAGAGAGGGAGGAGGAACAGGCCAAUGUGAUUUCAUACGAAGCUGCACAGCCGGAGCCAGCUGUCAGUGCUGAAUUUACCCCCACUAUAACGGAAGGACUUUGCGCCGUGGCUCAGUACGACUACUCUGCUGCUGGAGACGACGAACUGUCGUUCUGGGCGAAUGACAUUGUGACGAACAUCGACACUUCAGUGGAUGCUGGCUGGUGGAUGGGCAGCUGCAACGGCACCACCGGGCUAUUCCCCAGCAACUUCGUAGAGGUCAUCCAAUCCACAAGGUGGGCACAAGGUGCAGGGGUCAACGAGGGAGCUGUGAGCUCGACCAUUGUGGGUCCGGAGGCGGAGAUAGGGAAGAGUGACGGGGUCUACUUCGACCCAUCUGCAAAUGGUGCUGAUGAAAAUGCGCAGCUGGACUUGAGUAAACUCCCACAAGCUCUAGCCUUAUACCAGUUCGCAUCGGAUGACCCGCAAGAUCUGGCAUUCGAGCCAGACGAGACUGUGGCUGUGCAGAAUUUGGACAACGAAGACUGGUGGUUUGGCUACAUCGGAGAGCGACAAGGCUACUUUCCUGCCAAUCACGUGCAGCUGCUAGGGUAGAAUAGAGAGUAAGACAGAAUAAGAAAUUCAACUUGAACGUCAAUCAAACAAGCCUAAUUUAAACUCACAAGUCUAUCUUUCUGAUUUUUUGCUCUUAAUUUCCAAAAUGAACAACAUAUCCUAUUGGGGUUUAAUAUGUACCAGUGCUGCUCAAGGAAAUGAUUUCCAAUUUUAUACUUAAAUUAAUCGUUGUUUGAUUCUUGUUGAAAUAUUUAUUGUAAAUAAACAUAAAAAUUUAAUUUUUGAUUAUGAUUU